ACACGUGCGGUAGACAAACAGCUGAUCGGUAAACAUGGCGGCGUUGAGAGGUUGCAUCUCGGCUGCCUGCAACAUUUUGCCGAACAAUAUAAAUUUACUGGGACACGGCCUGCAACAGAUACGGAACUACGUCGGCUGCAGGGUGGUGCGCGAUCAGAAGCGUAGGCGAUGGGCGAAGCAGUACGCCGAGGAACGAUUGCGGCUGGUUGCCUUGAAACGCAACGAUAUUUUGCCAAUCGAGAUAAGAGAGCUCGCUGGCAAGCAACUAGAUGAAACAAUUCCCAGACAGACCGCGUUGAGACAAUUAACAACGAGAUGCGUUGUGACGUCUCGAGGCCGAGGUACGAUGGUUCGAUGGAGGGUAUCACGAUUCAUCUUUCGCCACCUAGUUGAUUAUAAUAAAAUGGCUGGAGUGCAACGUGCCAUUUGGUAGAACGAUAUGCACCUUAGACUGUAUAUUACUUGCAUAUUGUGCUAUAAGUGAAUACUAAUGAAGCGUAAAUGAUACACGAGAGGAUAUGAAUAGAAUAAAUCACCAUUAUGUUUCCCUACGUACGUUUUAUCGUUCUCCUACUUCUACAUUAUUAUAUUGUGACGUCAGAAACGAGAAAUCAUGAACUUUUUUCCCAU